GUCAUGACAGUCGGCAAGCCUGAAACCCCUCGGCCUCAGGAGCCUCUCAACAGUCCUCGCGGCUCCAAGCUGCCGCGCCUGGGGCAGAGGCGCCAUCAAGAUCAAUCUCAUGUAUCUGAUUCUGAUUCUAAACCAGAUACCGAAAACAACAACCCCUCGAACGGCCCUACGCACGAUAUUAAAUCUGUAUCUAAUAAAGAACGGAAACCUAGAAGGACUUCUGGUUCAUCAAACAUUGUAUGUUUGUCCCUACUGCGGGAUACUAGGAAGAGAAAUAAAUAUAUUAAUCGAUAUUUCGUUUCCCUUAGCCGAUCCACGACUGCGCUAGCUUUCCCGCUCCUCGUACUUCACCUCGCACGACCAGAACUACAUUCGGCAAAGUCCACACAUCCCGUGUAACCGGCGACAAUACCCCUCAUUCAUCCCCUCUGGGCAAUACCGGUUCUUCGUAUAAAGAUACGCUUAGCGCCGCUCGGGCUGUCCUGCCUGGUCCGAGUCCUAGCGCAUUUCAUAUUCCCAGAGCUCUCGCUCACCAAGCGAGCUCCCCGCAGCAGGUCUCCGGACGUAAGGAUCCUAAGAGAAGAGAGGUUUCUAAGAUGGAUAGCACUUCCAAGAAAGAAAAGCCAACCAACCAGGGUGCUGGUACGAAUGGCACCUCGGGAGCCGAGCCGAACAAGCUCGACCCGCCGAUUCUCAAUGGCGAAGACGAUGCACAAUCCAACGAUAGGGAUGAGUCUGGGGAGAAAUACGGUUCUUCAGGUACCGAUAGGAGUGCUUAUUCUACUGAAGGCUGCGAAACCCCUGUUAAUGGCUUAGAAACUACGGCCGACGGUGAUAAGACAGACGGAGCCAGUUAUGCCUCUGCCCUUAAAUCUGGGUUGAAAGGGCAAGACAUAGAUGUUGUACCGUAUAAGUGCGGUCCUAACACGCAAGACGACGAUGAUUCGUACCCAGAGUUGGAUGAUUUAACAAUGGAUGAAAUCCAUCCACCCCCUAGACCGAGUGCCAACGGAGGCAUCCGGUGGGCUCCGUGGAAUGUUCCAUGGAAGCGCAGAAUGCAGACACUUGUUGUACUCAUUCACUGCAUGGGCAUCGCCCUGACCGCUUCUGUCUUUUUCGCGCUGUGCGCUAAUCCAUUUGCCUGGCCAAUACUACUCAUAUAUCUUGUGUACGUGCUGACCUCGAAGGCUGCCACGGAUGGAUCGUUGAGAUACCGAUCCGAAUGGUUCCGCAAAAGCUACAUAUGGCACCUCUUCGCGGGCUACUUCCCGGCCAAACUUCACAAAACUCACGAGCUACCACCCACUCGGAAGUAUAUCUUCGGCUACCAUCCUCACGGUAUCAUCUCCCAUGGCGCUUGGGCGGCUUUUGGUACUGACGCUUUGGGAUUUUCUGAGAAGUUUCCUGGCAUCACGAACAGUUUACUGACAUUGGAUUCAAACUUCCGUAUUCCCUUGUAUCGUGAGUACAUAUUAACUUCAGGACUACGAUCAGUCUCGAAGGAGUCCAUUGUCAACAUCUUGACAAAAGGUGGGCCAAAUGGAGAAGGUAUGGGCCGCGCUGUCACUAUCGUUAUAGGCGGCGCCCGAGAGUCUCUCGAAGCACAACCAGGCCUCAUGCGAUUGAUCUUGAAGGAACGCAAGGGCUUCGUCAGGAUUGCCAUCAGAACCGGCGCAGACCUGGUGCCCGUGCUCGCGUUUGGCGAAAACAACCUCUACGACCAACUACAUCCCAAGGAACACCCGCUCGUACACAACUUCCAGAUGUUUGUUCUCAAGGUGUGGAAAUUCACCUUGCCAUUUUUACACGGGCGCGGUAUCUUUAAUUACGAUGUAGGCUUGAUGCCGUAUCGCCGUCCAUUGAACGUGGUGGUCGGUGCCCCGAUCAAAGUCACACAGUCGCCCGUUGUGGACCAGGCGGAGGUCGACCGACUACACGAUCUUUAUGUUACCGAGCUGGAGAAGCUGUGGGACCAAUACAAGGACCAGUUUGCUUCCGACAGGAAAGAAGAGAUGCAAAUAUUAUCCUAAAACCUGUCGUAUCGUGCUUCCAUAGGGCUUUGCUUUUUCCUUUUUUUCUUUCUCUUUUUUUUCUCUUUAGCUCCUUUUGUAUUACCAUGUAUGGUUAAACACAGGCGCAUAGGUCUGUUAAAAUCCAGGAAGGCGGAAGAAGGACAAUUAUCAUUUGUUGAAAGACUCGCUUUCGGUACACGGAGCAGGUAGUUGAAGUGUAAUUCUACAUACAACUAAAUUACUUAGAGUAAAACGGUAUGGUUCUUUGCAGGGUGAAGAGACUAAGAACAGUUAUCCUACGUUGCAUGCUAUGUUGGCAGGUUGGCAGGUUUGACUAUGAGAAGGCUACCCGAUUUAAUAGCCUACUCCUUAAUAAAAUGUGUUCGCAUUGCCUUACGAUGUAAGAUAGGUACUUACCUAGGUAUACAAGAUAUUUUACUAGUGUAGUAAUACAUUAGAUAGUUUUACAUAUAAAGGCUGGAUCCUAUGUAUGACAAUUAUGUAAGAGGGGGAGGAAGUCACAAUUUCGAGUUGGGAAGAAGAACGUCAUAAGGGGAGAAAAAGAAAAGAUGUGCACGAACAUCGCGAUGUUCAAUGUUACACUACACUAAGUUAGUAGGUUAAUAUACCUACCUGGUAGUUAAUGUUAAAGCGUGAAUGAGAUCAAGAUCGCGGGUGGAUUUGGGAAAAGGUUUAACUACCGGUUUACAUAAACCCCGG